GUAGUCAUCCACUGGGGACCACAUGUCACCGCUCUAAUAGUUAUUGUAUAUACUGAUAUUAGCCACAGGAGCAACUGUUUUCCAUUUGUUUUAGUGUUUUUUCCUCUUCAUGUUUCCUUUAGGUGUGAUGGAAAGAAAGUGUGUGAACUAAACACAAACGUCAUCCGUACUACUGAUCCCUGCUAUGGCAUCUUUAAAUAUCUGGAGACCAACUACACCUGCUUCCCAGCAAAUCACUUGGUUACAUGCGAGCACUCUUCAGCACACCUGCACUGUGAUGAAGGGCAGGUUAUUUUUGUGUAUGGUGCUGAUUAUGGACGUCGUGACCGAACCACAUGCUCUUACCAACGUCCCACCUCUCAAAUCCUAAAAGUCCUGUGCUCAAAUCCCACGAGCAAAGUGGCUGAAAUCUGUAAUGGGAAGAACAGCUGCACUAUCAGAGCAAGCAACUCAGUGUUUGGAGACCCCUGUUACGGCACUUACAAGUACCUGGAGGUGGCUUACGUAUGUCAAUAUCCUGUGUGAACACAUUGAAAUCACAGUAAUAUUCUCAGUAGUAUUCAUACUCAAUCAGUUAAAUGUUUCUUCAGUUUAUGAUUGAAUUUAAGAACUAGAGAAGUAUGGAAUUUAAUCAAUAAACCAAUGCACCUGAUAAAAUUCAACUGUAAACAUAAUUUAAAUAUGAUUGAAUAACACUGUAUAUUUGAUCUUUUUUUUUUUACUGCAUCUGUAUUACCUUAACUACCCCAACAUCUCUUGUGUGUUUAACAAAUAAACUUGUCUGACCUUGUCUUACAUAAUGACAGAGUUAUUUAUGAUGUAACAAUGGACUUUCAGUCAUUCAGACUGGGGCAUAAAAAACACAUCUUCAGAACAGGGAAGA